AUGGCGGACGUCCGCUCGCUCCUCCGCAAUGAACUAGCUACCCGCAAAGGCACAUCGCAGCCCAACACCGCAGGCAACCGAAUCAGCAAGAAGCGCAAAGUCGACAGCGGGGACGGCCACAUGCGCAAGAAGAUGCGCAGCACAACCCUCGACGCUGUUCAUUCUGCAUCGAGCACCCCAAAUCCGCAGCCGCCCAGUGCCCAAGAAGAAGACUCAGAAGAAGAGGCGGAUGUUGCUGGCCGCGAGACUCCUAUAGACGAAGACGAAGAAAUGGCCGGUCCCCUGCCGCCGGCAGAUCCGCAACAAAUGACUCCAGUGACGACGGCCGAGCCCGCGCAGCAGCAGACAUCGUCAGCGGCAGUCGACGAAGACGAAUGGGCGGCCUUUGAGCGCGAGGUCGCAGCCCCGACAAGAAUGGUGCCGGCUGCGGUUUCAGCUGAAGCUACUAUUUCAGCAGCACCGGUGACGGCGGAGGAGCUGGCUGCGCAGCAAGAUCGGGAAAAGGAGAUGAGUGCGACGCGAGCACGUGAAGCCGAGCUGGAGGGCGAGCGGGAGGAUGCGGCGCGGAUGUUGGAAGAGGAGUUUGAUCAGAUGGAUGAGUUAGAAGAGCGCGUGCAGAUUAUGAAGCAAAAGCGGGAGGAACUACGGCAGAAGCUUGUUGAGGAUCGGAAUCGCAUUCCCCAGCAGCAGGACCAGGAUAUGGCCUCUGCUGAGAGCGAUAGUGACGAGGACGUGGACGAGGACUGGGAUGAUUGGCGCUUCAAAUGA